AUGUCCUCUGGAUUUGUCAGUGGAGGUACCAUUGAGGAGCCCACCGAGCGAGACGAUGAAUGGUUGAAGGCUCAUCAAGAGCUCGAAGCGGAGCGGAGACGCAAGGUUGAAGAGAGUCAGCAGGACAAGGGGAAGAGUCUCUAUGAGAUUCUGCAGCAAAAUAAGGCUGCGAAACAGGAGGCAUUUGAGGAGUCCAUCAAGCUCAAAAACCAGUUUCGAUCGCUCGAUGAGGAUGAGGUGGAGUUUCUGGAUUCCAUACUCGAAUCGACUAGGGCCCAAGAUGCAGCUUUGAAACGAGAAACUAGAGAGCAAUUAGAGAUUUUCCAUCGUCAACGUCAAGAAGCAGAGAGAGCUUUGAUUGGUACCGGCUCCGGCGGCCUUAACAGUGGGGAGGCAACGUUAACUGCAGAUGAAGAACAAUGGACCAUUAGUGGUCGAAAACGGAGAAGAGCCAAAGAGAAGGAUGCGAUCCCUGGCGUCAAGUUGAGGAAAAGCUCAUCUGCAGGUGUCAGCUCAAUUGCCGCUAGCAAGGAAUCACGAUUGACUUUGGACUCAGCAGAGAUGUCCAAAAGCUUACAAAACCCUGAUAUUUCUGUGAGGCCCCGGAAUGCCGCGAAACCCGAAAGUACCGACAAGUCCGGAAGACCUACAACUACAAGUGCCAAAGUUAUAGACCAUUCCAGGGAACCAAAGGAGGACGCGGUACCACAUGUCGUCUCAUCAACGCUUGGAUUGGGUGCUUACAGUUCUGAAGAUGAUUGA